AUGGUUUCUCGUCAUACAAUUCUUCUUCUAUUCCUUGUCAUGGGUUUGGCGUCUGCUGACUUCUCAGCCAGUUUCAAGAGUUUUAUAAUUAACAACUAUUCGCAACAAAUGUAUGAUGACUUGGCGAGAAACGAUUUGGGAGCAGUUGGAAGUUACGGAGGAGGCACUCAUGAUGGGUACAGUCCGACUAGUAGAAGAGCAGUCAUUCUUGUUCAUGGAACCACUAAUAAUGCUGGAAACUUCUUUGGACAAAGGAACGCAUUGCUCAGUAAUGGUUGGAGCCAAGAGAUCAUGAGAAACUUCAUCAAAGUGGUCGCUGAUUUCACUAAACAAAAAGUUGAUAUUCUUGGACAUUCUUUAGUGUCUCCAAUUGUCAGAAAGAAAAUGGCUCUUCCUGGAGAACGAUUCCACGUACUUGCUCAGCUGGAGCAUCUUCAAUCGAAAUAUACCGGUACAGGCCAUGCUGAUAUGAACAGACACGAAUGGGUAGUGAAUCAGCAUCGCGACACUCGAGCUUUCCAAAUGUCGCAUCCCGGAAUGAACACAUACAUCGCAGUCGUAGAGAAUGAGAGCCGAGCUCGUACCAGAUUCAACCUGAUCAAUCGAAUGAUUCAACCUUGUGGACCACCACCGGAGAAGCAUCCUCUUGAUGACGCAUAA